AUGAGCGCCAACAAGGAGACUGAGGCAUACUUUGAGCAGCGCCAGAACGACAAUUGGCGCCCGUUCGGUAAGCCGUACAAGCACGCCACGACUGAGGCAUACCAUGCCGAGGUCAAGAAGAACUCGGACGACAAGCUGGCCACCCUCGAGCCGCUGGCGCGCGACGACUCAACCGAGGGCAAGGAGGGCGAGGCGGCGCCCGUAUCCAACAACGACAUCAAGCUCCUUCGCGCCUGCCUCGACGCGGCGCUUCUUCUCGAGCCGCAGCUCCGCUGCCCAGUCAAGGACGACGUGGAUGGGUGGCGCCGCACGCUCCGCGCCGUUUUUGGCGACGCCGCCCCCAAGAUCGGCCCCGCGACGGCCUCGGCCAUCGCUCGCGGCGAGGACAAGUUUGCCGAGCACGGUGGGAGCGCCACCACGCCCAACCUGUGCGCGUCGGUCGCCACGUCCGUGUACGGCGACAAGGAGAGCGGCCGCUUCGUCUUCCAGCCGGCCUCGGAGAGCCACGUCUACGUCGUCUGGGGCGGUGCUGGCUCCGCCCUGUCGCCCCAGUACCCGCCGACGCUCAUGGAGCGUUGGAUCGCCGCGGUCACUCCGCAGUCGCUCCUCCAGCUCGAGCGGAGCAUCGAGGAUGUGGACCAUCUCCGUGCGAUCUCCCUCGUCUAA